CCAAAAACUCUCAAAUACUGGCAAAGCAGUCGUCGACACCCAACUCUUCGGACGUCGAUCUAUCUUUUGUGUUCUCAAUUUCAUGCAAUCUUCUCUUCAGAGCUCUUCGUUCACCUCCUCUCACAUCUCACUCCCUAAGACACCCAGAAGAUAUAGAUACGUAUGGAUGGAUGGAUAUGAAUACAGGAUCGUGAACACCAUAACCUUACUGCUUCAUACCCAUCCAAACUCAACCCAUCACUCUCCAUCCCUGCCAUCCUUACCGCCGCGGACCGGCCCUUGGGACCUCAAAUCAAGUAAACAAACGAGCACACGAAGCCCCCAUACUACGUACCUACUAACCCUUACUCACCACAGCAGCAAGUACCAAGAGAACGGCCAAUCACGGACUUUGUUAGACCUGGGGGCGGAUUGGGGGGGGGGCAGAAAAGUAAGACACAAAAACCAGGCAAGGCAGGGCAGGGCAAGGCAAGGCAAGGCUGAUAGGAUUCGAUCCCUUGACUCUUCCAGCCCCGUUUCAUUGUUUUUUACCUUCUCGUUGUUUUCGUUUCGUUUGUUCUUUGAACGGGCCUCGCGUUUCAGGCCUGACAGGAAGGAAAGAAGGAAAGAAAGAAGCAUGGAUGUAUGUAUGAAUGAACUCGGCAAUUCUGAAAACACACAAUUCAAUCCGUGUUCCUUUACUUUACUUUUUCUAUCCAAUAGAAAGACAUUCUCGCAUUCUCCUCACCCUUUCUGGCUAUAA